AUGGCGCUUCUUCAAUUCAGGGCGCCUGUCGACUAUGAUGAACACCGGGCGGCCUUCGAGGAGUUCCUCCAGACCUUCAAAACCUCCCCUGCUGCUUCUAUCACACAUGCGCUCGGCGACAUGAACAUUGACGAAGAUGAUUUGAGCGACGAAUACGACUUUAUGGAUGAAGAUGACGACGAGGGACAAACUUCGCGAAGACAAGCAAGAUCUCAGGCCAAGAUGCCAAAGCUGAAAUACUUGGACCUGCUUCAGAAGGUUGCGGACCGAUAUGAGGAGGAAAUCACAAUCGAUUUGGACGAUUUAGCAAAGUGCGACCAAUUAUCAGAGGAGAAUGGACAGUCAUUGAACUUGGUUAAUUCGAUCGAGACAAAUGCAAAGCACUAUUUGGAUAUUAUGGCAAAGGCAGUCGACAAUGUCAUGCCAUCCCCAUCACGCGAGAUCAACUAUAAAGACGAUGUCCUCGAUGUACUAAUGGCCCAACGAACAGCGAGAAACAACGCGCUUAUUCGAGCGGCUGCAGAUCAAACCGACCCUAUCGAGCCUGAGCUCUUCCCCGCUGAAUUGACUCGACGAUAUACUCUUAACUUCAAGCCACGAACUGAGACUGAUGACCCCCUCAAGGCCUUGGCAGUACGACAGGUUCGUGGAGAGCAUCUAGGACACUUAAUCACUGUUCGAGGAAUUACCACCAGAGUCUCCGAUGUCAAACCAACAGUAGAAGUAAAUGCAUACACUUGCGAUCGCUGCGGAUGCGAAAUCUUUCAGCCAGUAGGAUCGAAAACUUUUGGACCAUUGAUUGAGUGCCCAUCCAAGGAUUGUGAGGUCAACCAAACCAAGGGUCAAUUACAUCACUCUACACGAGCUUCAAAAUUCCAGCCAUUCCAGGAAGUCAAGAUCCAAGAGAUGGCUGAACAGGUUCCUGUGGGUCAUAUUCCACGAAUGUUGACCAUUCUCUGUCACGGUGCUCUAGUCCGUAGAAUCAAUCCUGGAGAUGUCGUUGAUGUCGCAGGAAUCUUUUUACCGACACCAUACACUGGGUUCAAAGCUAUUCGUGCUGGUCUCCUGACAGAUACCUAUUUGGAGGCACAACAUGUGAUUCAGCACAAAAAGGCUUAUGAGGACCUUGCUAUUGAUAACCGAGUUUUCAAGCGGAUAGAGCAAUACAGAGCCUCUGGUCACGUUUACGAGUACCUGGCGAAGUCAAUUGCUCCUGAAAUUUAUGGUCAUUUGGACGUCAAGAAGGCGCUGUUGCUAUUGCUCGUAGGUGGUGUUACAAAGGUCAUGGGUGACGGCAUGAGAAUCAGGGGUGAUAUCAACAUCUGCUUGAUGGGUGAUCCCGGUGUGGCUAAGUCUCAAUUGUUGAAGUAUAUUACGAAAGUUGCCCCCCGAGGUGUAUACACCACCGGUCGAGGAAGUAGUGGUGUAGGUUUGACUGCUGCCGUCAUGAAGGAUCCAGUCACGGAUGAGAUGAUCUUGGAAGGUGGUGCCCUCGUCCUCGCAGACAAUGGUAUCUGCUGUAUCGAUGAAUUCGACAAAAUGGAUGAUAGCGACAGAACCGCAAUUCACGAAGUUAUGGAACAGCAAACCAUUUCCAUUUCCAAAGCCGGUAUCUCAACAACUUUAAAUGCACGAACCUCAAUUCUCGCAGCCGCAAACCCCCUGUAUGGCCGAUACAACCCUCGCAUCUCGCCCGUGGAAAACAUCAACUUGCCAGCUGCUCUUCUCUCACGUUUCGACGUCCUUUUCCUUAUCCUCGAUACUCCAACAAGAGAUACAGAUGCCCUCCUCGCCCGUCACGUAACUUAUGUUCACAUGAACAACAAGCACCCUGAUACAGAUGGCGUCGUCUUCACUCCCCACGAAGUCCGCCAAUACGUCGCCCAAGCACGAACCUUCCGUCCUACCGUCCCAACCUCUGUCUCAGAAUACAUGGUGAAAGCUUACGUCAAGAUGCGUGAACAACAAGCCAGAGAUGAGAAGAACAAGAAGCAAUUCGCGCAUACCUCACCACGUACCCUCCUCGGUAUACUCCGUCUAGCUCAAGCUCUCGCCCGUCUCAGAUUCAGCGAAGAAGUGGUGCAAGACGAUGUUGACGAGGCUCUGCGUCUCAUCGAAGCCAGCAAAGACUCUUUGUACCAAGAUCAAGACGGGUUCCGGAAAGAUAUGUCGCCUAGCUCGCGCAUAUACAACAUGGUUCGUGCGCUUGCCGACGCCGGACAAUGCAGACCGGAUGAUAUGGAUGAGGACGAGGACGAGACUCUGGGUAUGGAGCUUUCGAUGAAGAAGGUUGAGGGGAGAGUCAUUGCCAAGGGAUUUACCCUGGAUCAGUGGCAAACUGCUGUUAUGGAGUACACAAACCUUGAUAUAUGGCAAACGGCAGGAAACGGCACACGGCUCCUGUUUAUCGUCUCGGAAGCUGCGCAUAUGGCACGAGAUGCCGAGUAUGAUAUGGAGUAA